AUGUCUGCAAAGGCUAUAAAUUAUCAUCAGAUGUUUAUGGAAAGUCGAAGAGGAAAUUCUUCUUUCAGUUCGGAAAGAGCUGCUGUUCUCAGUGCUUCAAAAGCUGGCCGUAAAAUGAAACAACAAACAGUUCUUUCAGUUUUUGGGACUUUUUAUCGAAUGUGCCGUGAUCUUUUUUUUCUUUUGACUUGUGAAAUAAAAUAUCUAAGCCAUAGAUCUACAUUAAACCGUUAG